AUGCUCAGAGACCAAAUUGUCAUGGGAGUGAACGACCAACGACUACAGCGAAAAUUACUCGAAAUUUCCGACCUCGACUACACCAAAGCAGUGGAUAAGUGCCGCACGCACGAAGCGACAAGCGAGCAAAUGACGAGCAUGAAUAAAACAGUCUCUGUGAAUGCAUUCGAAGAAAGCAGCCACGUGGCCGGUAAGAAACACACACAAAACCGCAAGCAGCACAAAUCCAACAACAACAACACUAAGCAGUACAAAAGUGGCAACAACAGCGGCAGCAGCAAAGCAAAUCGAAGCGACUGUGCGAAUGAAGGAAGAGGACAGCAACAACAACAAACGUACAACACAAACCGUAAUGGUAACACAAGCAACGUUGACAGGUCUGAUAAAAUGAUUGUAAAUUCCGUUUCAGCAUAUGAAUCAAAUUGUGAAAUUAGUGAUAAUGAAGAAUUUUUAAUUUCAUCAAUUGAAAAGGUUUACGCCAUUGAAGAUGAUGACGAUGAAGUGAGCUAUCCGUGGAUUGAGAAGAUAUGGAUUGGAGGACAAUUGGUUGCAUUUAAAAUUGACACCGGUGCCCAAGUCAAUGUGAUUCCACUGAGUGUGUUCCUUCAGUUGAGAACGGAGAUCGAAUUGCAUCGAACGAAUGUCAAAUUACGAGCCUUCAGCGGGGAAAAAUUGAAACCAGUCGAUCAAGUUAGCCUUGACAAAGAGUCUGUGUUGAAAAGUUAUCCUGAUUUGUUUAAAGGCCUCGGAUGUUUCAAUAGCGAAUACAAAAUCAGCGUUGACAAAAAUGCAACACCAAUCGCUCACGCACCGCGUAGAGUACCAUUGGCAAUUAGACACAGAUUAAAAAUGAAAUUAGAUGAAUUAGUUGCGAAUAAAAUAAUCGAAAAGGCUACCGGUUAUUGUGAAUGGGUGAAUCAUUUAGUCACCGUUGAGAAAAAAGACGCUGAAAAAUCACUGCGAUUAUGCAUCGAUCCAGGUGAAUUAAAUAAAAGUAUUUUCAAUGAACACGCAUUUAUUCCAACUUUUGAAGAUGUGUCAUCACAAUUAAAUGGCAUGAAAUAUUUCACAGUAUUAGACCUGAAAGAUGGUUACUGGCACGUUAAAUUAGAUGAAGAAUCGAAAAAACUUUGCACUUUCGCAACUCCCUAUGGAAAUUACAGAUUCUUAAGAUUGCCAUUUGGGAUAAAAACCGCUCCUGGCGUGUUUCAACAAUUGAAUUUUGAGAACUUUGGAGACAUUGAAAAUGUAAUGAUUUAUUUUGAUGAUAUUUUAAUAGUGGGUCGCACACGAAAAGAGCACGAUGAAGUAUUGAAAAAGGUUUUGGACCGCGCAAGAGAAAAAAAUGUACGCUUCAACAUAAACAAAGCACAAAUUGCAUUAGAAGAAGUGAAAUAUUUAGGUCACAUUUUUUCAUAUAAUCAAAUCAAGCCUGAUCCAGAACGUCUUUUAGCUAUUGCUGAAAUGACACGACCAAAGAACAAAAAUGAUUUACAAACAUUUCUUGGAGUUGUGAAUUUCAUGACUCCGUUCAUACCUAAUUUGUCAGAUCGAACGGCUCCGUUGCGUGAAUUGAUAAAGAAAAAUGUUCUUUUCCUUUGGACAGAGUUACAUGACAAAGUGUUCGAUGAGAUCAAAAAAUGCAUUCUUAAUUCGGAAAUUCUCGUGCCUUUCGACAUUUCAAAAGAGUUAAUUAUUCAAUGUGAUGCGUCACAGGGUGGCUUAGGAUGUGGUUUGAUUCAAGAUGGCAAACCAAUUUCGUUUGCGUCACGCAGCCUAACCGCUUCUGAAAGAAAUUACUCUCAAAUUGAAAAAGAAAUGUUGUCAAUUAUUUUCGCCUGCCAAAAGUUUCAUUUCUACACUUACGGCAGAACAGUGCGAAUUGUCAACGACCACAAGCCCCUUCUUGGAAUCAUGAAUAAAGAAAUACACAAAAUAGCGUCAGCAAAACUACAGAGAAUGAGACUUAAAUUACUCAAUUAUGACAUAAUUCUUGAACAUGCACCUGGCAAAACGAUAGUUUUAGCGGAUUAUCUAUCGAGAUACAUGAGCAAAAGUGAAAAGGUUUCGGAAGAUCAAUCAAUUACUGAGUCGAUCUUGUCGAUUAACGUGACAGACGCGCGUAAAAUCGAAUUACAGCAAGAGACGAACAAUGAUGAAAUUUUAAAGCAAAUCAAGGAAUAUUGCAAAUUCGGAUGGCCAAAUAAUAAAGACAAAUGCGAUCCAUCCACGAGAUAUUUUUAUAGACUCAGGUCCGACAUAUUGCUCGAAGACGAAAUCCUGUUCUAUAAACAACGAAUAAUCAUUCCAAAAUCCAUGAGAAAAGAAAUUUUGCACCAAUUGCAUAAGCCGCACUUCGGCAUAAACAAAACGCUCAAACGUGCCCAAAAUUCAGUAUUCUGGCCAAACAUUUCCAAUGAAAUAGAGCAAACAGUUUCAAAUUGCAUUAUUUGUCAAGAGAAUGCGCCGAAAAUUCAAAAAGAGCCGCUCUUGCCACAUGACAUUCCGAAUGAACCGUUCAAGAAAAUUGCAUGCGACAUUUUAGAUUUUAAAUCAAAGAGUUUUCUUGUCGUAGUUGACUUCUAUUCGAAGUGGAUAGAAUUAGUUAAAUUGAAAGGCAAAACUGCUCAUCAUGUAAAUACAGAAUUAUUAAGGCUAUUCGCUACAUUUGGUUACCCACAUAUAAUAAUUGCAGAUAAUAUGCCAAUGGGUUCUUAUGAAACCAAACAAUUCGCAAAAAAGCAUGAUAUUGAAAUCAUUACAAGCAGCCCUAAUUUCCCACAGUCAAACGGAAUGGCUGAAAAAGCGGUCGGUAUUUGUAAAAAUAUUUUAAGGAAGUCAGAGAAUGAAGAAGAUAUUCUCAGAGCAUUGCUCGCAUACCGCACCACACCAACCAAAAACAUGUCAUAUUCGCCAGCUCAGCUAAUUCAAAAUCGAAAUUUGAGAACUGAAUUGCCAAUGCACAUCGAUAAAUUUCGACCCGAAUUAUGCAUUGACGUCGAAAAACAACAACAAGCAAAGCAAAAGAUCUCUUAG